ACCUCUUUUGGAUAUAUAACAAACUUUAUUUCGAGAGGGAGACAAAACAUUAGAUACAAAUCACAGGAGCAACAGGACUCAAGCUGUAGACUCAGAGAUCAAGUAUGAUAAAAGCUGUGCUGAUCAUUAACAUCCAAGGCAAACCUCGCCUUACCAAAUUCUACGAUUUUUUGACUGUAGAGAAGCAGCAAGAACUUAUACGCAGUGUAUCUGGAGUGUUAUGUAGGAGAGCUGAUAAUGUUAGCAAUUUCAUGGAGGCUGAUUCAAUCUUUGGCCCAGGUAGUCGUCUUGUGUACAAACAUUAUGCAACAUUGUACUUUGUCUUUGUGUUUGAUAGUUCUGAGAAUGAGCUUGCGAUGCUUGAUCUCAUACAAGUUUUUGCGGAAACACUGGAUAAAUGCUUCAGGAAUGUAUGCGAGUUUGAUGCAGUGUUCAAUUACAGCAAGCUCCAUACUAUUUUAGAUGGGAUAAUUUUUGAAGGUCAAGUGUUGGAAACAAGUUCUGCAGAAGUUAUAAGGGCCGUUGAGGAAAUAUCAAAGUUAGAAGCAGCCUCAAAUUCUAUCUCAUUAGUCCCCAAAACAGUUUCUAGUUGGCAUCGCCGGUAAUCCAGUCAUUAGAACGAUGUUGGAAUAACAACGGGUGCAAUCUUCAGAAUGCUAUUGUGGCCGUCAAACUCGAAGUGUUUCCCAAGUGUUGUAUUAAUUAUGCAAGCUCUUACAGUAUUUGGAGUUUGAUGCACUAGCAAUUCUUUCAAUGCUACAAACAAAACUUCAAAAUCAA